ACGCCGCGUCUUCCUCGUCUGUCCCGCUGUAGCGUUGGUAAACUUCUCCUCUCUGAGCGUCUUCAGGAGUGAUUUAGGAUCUACUUUUAUCUGAAAGCUUUGUCCGCGAGCGCCGUAAGACGUUUCGGACAAGACAGUUUGUCUCCGCUUUGCUUUCUCGGACGGAAUCGACAACCGAGGAGAAGAAAUGCGCCUCAUCCACAACAUGACGACCAUUGCGGAGUAUCCAGCAGCGGAGUACUCGGUCCCCAACCGGGUCAUUAAAAUGGCUGUGAUAGGAGGCAGCGGAGUUGGGAAAACCGCGCUCGUGGUGAGAUUCCUAACGAGGCGCUUCAUCGGGGACUAUGAGAGAAACGCCGGUAAUCUCUACUCCAGAGAAGUCCAGGUGGAUGGAGAGCAGGUGACCAUCCAGGUUCAAGACACUCCAGGUGUGGAGAUGACUGAUAAUGGCAUCAGUCUGCCCGACCAUGUGACCUGCUCCAUCCAGUGGGCCGAUGCGGUGGUGCUCGUGUACUCUGUGACAGACCGCCGCAGCUUCGAUUUGAUCGAUCAGCUGCACCAGCUGGUUGUGCGCACCGGCGGCGCCAAUAUGCCCCCUGUAAUCCUGCUGGCCAAUAAGGCGGACCUGCUGCACCUGAGGCGGGUCGACUCCCAGCAGGGCCCUUUGCUGGCGGGAACGCUGGGCUGCUGUUUCUAUGAAGUAUCUGCCAGCGAGGACUACAGCCAGGUGCACAGUGCCUUCCACAGGCUGUGCUGCCAGCUCGCCAAGCAGCCGCCUCCCGCCUCCAACUCCUCACACAACUCUGCCAGCGCCGCCACGGAGAAGAGGCGCUCGCCCCUCAUCCCCAGGCCGAAGUCUCCCAACAUGCAAGACCUGAAGAGGCGCUUCAAGCAGGCGCUUUCGGCGAAAGUCAGGACCGUCACCUCGGUGUGAGGGGGGCUAGAAGUUGAAAGUGGUCCAGAGCGGCCACAGAGAGAAAGAAAGCAUCGAAGGUGGAAAAGAGGACAGAAGAUUCAUGCUUCUAGUAGGUGUUAAAUAGCCGGAGGCAGGCGAAUCUUUACAGAGGUAGUGGCCUCUAAAUGGGCAGGUGUCUGUCCUGUCGGACACCAUGCGUGAGGAGACGCAGCGAGGAGGUUCAUCCUCUCCUCAGGAGGAGAAACGCCACCUGAGGACACAGAAGCAGCUGUGCGAGGCUGACUGAACCCCAGACUCCCUGCAUAUCAAAUCAGAAAGCUUAAAUCAAGCUCUCCUGGCAACAGCGGCUCUCAAGGACUCUGCUGCUUAUUUUUAGCUGUGUUGCCCAUUGUGGCCAUUUUUUUUCAGACUGCCACUACAUGGCAUCGCUAAAUGCUGCCAUCAUUACAGCAGCUACUUGAGCCAGAGCUCUGUGUGUGUACUCAGUCUCUUUUUUAUGUCAAUAGCUGCAGUAUAUUUUUUGCAGCAUCCAGAACUGUG